CGUCCAGUGUCAAUUUAGGGUCAAACCAGCUCGUGGAUGAAUUGCUCCGAUAGCGCAUAUAAAAGGAAGAUCGCCAAGCGAAUUUAAGUUUGUAACAUAGAUCGUAGCGAAGGAGCGAAGACAACAUGUUGCACGUACUUUUGCCAUUUUUUUUAGCCGUUUCGAUUCCAUCGCCGGGAAAUGAGACGUGGCAAUUGGGGCCGGAGUACAAGUUUUCGGCUCGGGUUAGAAUGAUAUCGGCGUUGGAUCGGGACGAGGGUGCUUCAUUGGGCAACGAUAUGAAAGCUGAUCUGAGAUGUCAGCCCGCGUCGCUUGCCGCGAGCCAAAACCGGACUCUGAUCUGUCGUCUGGAGAACUCUGUCAUAGGAAAAAUAAAUCCUCGUGCCUACGACGUUUAUGGAAAGGAAGAGAGCGACGGUUACAAUAAAUUCGGUCUGAUGAAGGAAUUUUUCGGUGUUGAAUACAACGAGAGAGGAGGAAUCGAGGGUUACGUGAUUGAAAAAACUGCACCGCCGUUGGCCGCGUGGUCUCUCAACAUGGCUCGAUUGAUCGUCAACCAAUUGAGCAUCGGUGGGAGCGUCGCUGAUGAAUUUACACCCGAAUUUCGAAUCUCCGAAAAUUUCACCUUCGGCGAGUGCGACGUCGAUUACACCGUUUCGAGAAAGCCUGCAAGGCUAGUGGCAGAUUCGAAGAGGAACUUUGAGCUCGUGGCACUCGAUAAACUUGGCGAUUUUCAUGAGGAGUCGAUCGAGAUUGAAAAAAUUCGGGACGUCAACGACUGCCUCGUUCGUGCUGAUUAUUUCUUCGGGUCUCGUUACACUUAUGGAAUUGUCAUGAGAGAUGUUUUGACGAAAAUCAAAUCAUCGAGGAGUCGAAUUUUCAUAUCGAAGAACGAGCUGCGAGCUGAAACGGUAAACGAGGUCGAGUUAUUCGGGAUGGAUCGUAAACGGCAAGGCAACGUUCUCGACCAUAUGGAAAUUGAGCUCGUUUCGGUUACACCGGCGAAGGAAAUAUUCGCAUCGUUUAAAAAUCCCGUUUACAUGGAAGUAUUGGCGAAUCAUCGAGCGGAGAGCCCUGCUCGCGUCCAGUGAACUCAAAAUUCUUCAAUCACUUUUUCAGUUUAUCAUCUACGACCUGUUCAAUAAAGUUGACUGAUGCAAAACA